AUGUCUUCGGCAAUCAACCGCUCUCCGCUAAGGGUCGCCGUGAUAGGUGGCGGGAUCGGUGGGCUAUGUGCUGCCCUCUCCCUCCAUCAUCAUUGUGGCUCAGCAGUCGACAUAGAUGUCUACGAGCAAGCUCCGGAGUACAAGGAGAUAGGCGCCGGCGUUGGCAUCGGCGUCAAUGCUGCAAAGUUGCUGCAUAAAAUCGGCAUUGGGGAUACUAUAUCAAAAAUUGCAGGGAAACGGAGCGGCAUCUGGAUCACGUUUCGCAAAUUCGACGACGGCACGGAUGUCGUGACAGUGCCGUCGGUAGACACGGAAGACGUCAAGCAGUUGCCGGUGCAUCGAGCCGAGUUUCUCGACCUGUUGGUCGACAUUGUGAAGCAGAAGAACGCGGCCAGGCUCCAUACCAAUAAACGGUGUCGGAAAGUCACGGAGCAAGGAGAUGAGGUCUUGAUCGGAUUUGAGGAUGGGACAACUGCCACGGCCAAUUUGGUGGUUGGCUGCGACGGCAUACAUUCUGCCGUCAGAGCACAAUUCACGAGUGACAAUCCCGAUUACAGUGGGAGGAUCGCCUACCGUGGAUUGGUGCCCAUAUCCGAGAUCGAGGACUGGUGGGGGUUUGAAACGUAUUCAGUGACAUGGCUAGGAAAGAACCGGCACUUUCUCUGCUUCCCCAUCUCGCGCAACAAGACGCUCAACAUCGUCGCGUUCGUUGCCGAGAAGGAGGAGAAUCUGGGCGAUCUCAGGGAAAGCUGGACAGCCGUCGGCAAGAAAGAGGACGUCUUUGAGGCGUUCAAGGGGUUUGAGGAGAGAGUCCAGAAGGUCAUCCAGUUGAUGCCAGAGCAGCCCUCAAAAUGGCUGAUAAACGAUCGAAAGCCGCUGGAUCAAUGGGUGUAUCUAGGAGGCAAGGUUGUGCUACUGGGAGAUGCUGCUCAUGCCAUGACUCCUCACCAAGGCGCCGGAGCAGGCCAAGCCAUUGAGGACGGAUAUAUCCUGGGUCGAGCACUGCAGGACCACUUUCGCACUUCAUCUUCCCGGCAAGAUAGCCUCGAGGCCUGGGCUGAUGUGUACCAAGCUGUGCGCCUGCCGCGCGCACAAAAGGUUCAGCGGACAUCCAGAGAUGCCGUCGAGGUCUAUCAGGCCCAGGCGGAUAUAAUGAAGGACCUGCCUUUUGACCAAUGCGUGCCAGAGAUUCACAGGCGCGUGAUUGGCCGGAUGCGAUGGGUCUGGACGGAUGAUAUCGACGCCGAGUAUGAUCAGGCCGUGAAGAACCGGAAAGAGUUGGGUAAAUUGUAA